UGUUUGGGAAUCAGAUUCACAUUGUUAUAGAAAUGGUGUGAAUAGAAGUGAACCAAACUUCAGAAUUGUGACCCAUGAUAGCUCAUGGGAGGAUAGAAGUCUGACCUUCCAGGACUGAGACCCCGACUGGGAUGCAGCCUUUCUGUGUGAGCAUCAGGACCCUUCUUCUCUCAGUUCUGCUUUCCCGGCCAGGUGAAGGGCAAUUCCAAGUCAUAGGACCAAGAGCACCAGUCGUUGCCUUUGUUGGGGAAGAGGUUGUGGUUUCCUGUCAUCUCAACCCAUCAAUAGAUGCUCAGAACAUGGAAGUGAGAUGGUACCGAAAUGAUCCUUCUGGCCUGGUGCAUUAUUAUGGGACUUCCCAAGAUCAUAUGGACCAGCAAAUGCCAGAGUACCAAGGGAGGACCAAGUUCCUGAAGGAGAACAUUACCAAAGGGCUUGUUGCCCUAAGGAUCCAUCACAUCAGACCUUCAGAUGAAGGGGAGUAUGUGUGUUUCUUUGAAAGCUCUACAUUCUACAAUAAAGCACAGUUCAAAGUGUUGGUCACAGUCUCAGGUACAGCUCCUCAUAUUCACAUUGAGCCUGGCAAUAGGAUGGACAUGAAGAUGACCUGCACAUCCACGGGGUGGUAUCCAGAGCCUGAGGUACAAUGGAGGGAACUUCAAGGACCGCACUUGGCACCAGCCUUUGAGACAAAGAAAAUAGAAGAAAAUGGACUGUUUCAUGUGGAAUCAUCUAUCACAGUUGAUAAAAAUUCAAGAGCAGAUGUGUCCUGUGUUAUAAGGAACCUAAUACUCAGUGUGGAGAAGGAGGUGCAUGUCUCCGUAGCAGAUACCUUGUUUCCUGAGGACUGUCCUUGGGCAGUGGGGUUUGCAGUUUUCCUGUCUCUCCUGGCCUUUGGUGCAACAAUCAGUGUUCUAUUUGUGUGUACCCGAAAAGCCAAAGGUUCACUCAAGAAGAAGCAUGGUAAACUCCGGAAAGAAUAUGAGCUCUUACGUGAACAGAAAGGGAACAUAGAAAAAAAGAACGGAAAGCUUCAUGAAGAACUUGAAAGGAUAAAAUUCUUGGGAGAAGAAGGGUUGAAAUAUGCUCGACGCUAUGCAGAAAAUGUUACCCUGGAUCCAGACACAGCUAACCCAUAUCUCCAAAUUACUGAUGACAACAAAAGUGUGAAAGGAGGUGAUACCUUUCAGGAACUACCCAAAAGAAGACAGCGAUUUGAUAACCUGGUCUGUGUAUUAGGUCAGCAAAUUUUUUCCAAAGUUCCUAAUAUAUCUUUUGUUAAUGGACAAGAAUUGUUUGAGUUAAACUACAUGAUGUAGAACUUACUUGAUGACUAGUCAAGGCCGCAGAACUAAAUACAAAACCCAAAAGAAGCAUCUACUUGUGCAAGUGAUGAAGGAAAGUUAAUUCCCAGUUGACCCUCAUGGGUAUGGUCUCUCUUUCAUUCAUGUUUUGAGAUGGAAGAAGACAUGGACUCUGCUCCACAUCAUCAGGAAAUUGGCUGGAGCCCAUACCUUAUUGACUUUGCCCAAACCUAGAGGAGUAUGAUGGCUUUGACAAGGGAGUUCUAAACCCAGACUAUGUAAUAUUCACUACAAAAAAAAAAAAAUCUUCAAGUGAAUAUGUCUUCCAACUACUAAUUUCUUUACUUUUUUACCUCCAUUCUUUUUUGAAGUUUAAAUGUACACAAUCUCCAACUUAAUUUAAUAUAAUUGUAUCAUUUAUUCAUCUACUUAACAAAUGCUUAUUAGGUACUGUAUAUACGUUAUGUAGGUAUCCAUAAUCUAAAACACCUUAGAUUGAUUAUCUGUAACUGUAACUGUGUAUCUGGUACUGCUAAUAAACAGGUAAACACUGAUAAAUUGUUACUAAUUUAAAAUGUUGUGUGGGAAA